UUGACGUUUGCCGGGCUGUCAAAUUACGGCGCUACCAACUGAUGACAACUUCCUACUUUUUCGGUCUUUUCGACGUACAACGUGCUGAAGAUGGCUGAUAAGGCUAAGAGUGCCCCGCAGGCAGUGAAAAAGCCGGCCGUCGCCAAACCGGCGGCCACGAAGGAUGCGAAGCCGAAGGAGGCCGGCGCGAAGAAGGUGAAGCGGCUGCCCGUGGUGCCGGAAUCGUGGCUGAAGAUUGCCAAGUGCAAGCGCGGCUGCAAACCGAAUGUGCUGCUCCAGCGCCGCAAGCUGCGCGCCGUGCGGCUGCUGCGCCGCAAGCAGAACCUGCUCCGCGCCAUGAACUACGAGAAGAAGUAUCUGAAGACGGAGCGUGCCGUCGUGGAGCAGGCCCGCAUUGCCAAGGAGAAGGGCAACAUCUACAUCCCGGCCGAGCCGAAGGUGGCGUUUGUCAUCCGUAUCCGUGGUAUCAACAAGGUUGCCCCGAAGGUGCGCAAGGUGUUGCAGCUGUUCCGUCUGCGCCAGAUCAACAACGGCACGUUCAUCAAGCUGAACAAGGCCACCAAGAACAUGCUGCGCAUUGCCGAGCCCUACAUUACCUACGGCUACCCGACACUGAAGUCCGUUCGUCAUCUGAUCUACAAGCGUGGCUUCGUAAAGCACCGACACAGCCGCAUUCCGAUCACCGACAACUUCGUGAUCGAGCGUAAGCUCCGUGGCCACCGCCUGCAGUGUGUGGAGGAUAUGGUGCACCACAUCUACACCGGCGGCGCGUGCUUCAAGAAGGUGAGCAACUUCUUGUGGCCGUUCAAGCUGAACACGCCGACCGGCGGCUGGCGCAAGAAGAACAACCACUACGUCGAGGGCGGCGACUUCGGCAACCGCGAGGACAAGAUCAACGAGCUGAUCCAGCGUAUGGUUUAAGUUUUCCCCGUAAAACACACUGCGCGUCCUUCCUGGCCUGUCCGUGCCUGGCGGCGAACAGCGGCCGCCUCACCGGGUGUGGGCAGGGGCAGAUUUGUGGAAAGUUUUUUUUUUAGGUUGGUGUGUGUGUGUGCAUCGAGAUAAGUGGAAUAAACGUGAAGAGAAAAGCCUCGAGGUGAAAAAUCUA